AGUUUGCAGGUGAAUUUUUGCAAAAAAAUGUAAAAACAGCUUAAAAUGUGUAUGUUUUAUUACUAAAUUUAUCUUCCUAUUAUAUUGGAUACUAAAUCUCAAAAUUGAAUUUGAAGAAAGUUCGUGAUUGCAUAACAUGUACGAAUAACAUCGUACUUAAGAAAAUAUGAAUUAUCCUUUUAUAGUUGCAGCUAUAAAUACUUAUAAUAAAUUAGAUCGAACUUUAAGACAGAAUCUUAUAAAUAAAUAUAUUCAAGAACGUAAAUCGCCGUGUCGUAAUCAGUUCAAUUAUCGGACAUUUAACACUACAACAACAAAAUGUCAAGCACAAAAAGAUUGUCCUUCUGAAGUUCUUCUUUCGCCUCAAGAGGUCACAUUGAUACUUCGCAAGAAUGAGUUUAAUAGGGAUCUUACAAAUGGAUCUGUUAAGUCGUAUGAUUGCAAUCAGUUACCAUCCAACAAUCCCAUUGAAGACACAAGAAGUGAAGCACAAUGCAAGGUGACCCCAGGUUUACUCAUGGCUGUGUAUGAUGGCCACGGAGGACCCGCCUGUGCUCAAGUCAUCUCAAAAAGACUCUUGAAAUAUAUAGCAACUGCCCUUGUGCCAUAUAAUAAACUAGAAGAAUAUGCAUCCAAAGAGCCAAGAGAAAAUCUAAUAGAAACAUUCAAUGAUAGAGCUGAAAUUGUUCAAGAUCUUAAAAUUAUUUAUGAUAAAAGUUACAACAAAUAUUUACAAAGACUACUAGAUGAGAAAAUAAAUGUACCUGAUGUAAAGGAAUCAUUAAUAAAGGGAAUAAUGCAAUUAGAUGAAGACUUAGGAACAGAGGUACUUGAACCGUUUAAUGAAACUAACUCUGUGAAUCAUAGAACAUUAUCUGUAGCUUUGUCUGGUGCUGUUGCCUGCAUUUCUCAUAUAGAUGGCCCCCAUCUUCAUGUAGCAAAUGUUGGGGACUGUAAUGCAGUUAUUGGAACCAAGACAGAGGAUAACGAGUGGGUAGCUAAGAAAAUCACUAAAGAACAUAAUUCUGAAAAUUUUGACGAGCUAAAAAGGAUAUGGAAUGAACAUCCCGAAAGUGAAAGAAAAACAGUUAUCAGAAGAGACCGACUUUUGGGUGAGUUGGCUCCGCUACGAAGCUUAGGAGAUUACCGUUACAAGUGGAAAGCUGAUGUUUUAGAAAAAGUGGCUGUACCACUAGUAGGACAAAGAGCGAUACCUCCGAACUAUUACACGCCCCCAUACCUAACAGCUAAGCCUGAUAUAUAUUACCAUCGGCUAACACCCAAAGAUAAAUUUAUGAUUAUUGCAUCAGAUGGUUUGUGGGAUAUGAUGACUCCGCUUCAAGCUGUGAAGUUGGUCGGUGAACACAUGAAAGGAAAAGUGUUUUUCAACCCCCUGAAACUUCCAAAAAAGAAUAUUCAGCUGGGUGAUAUCAAUGAGUUAUUGAUGCAUAGAAAAGAAAGCUUGAAAAGCAAGCCAAAAGAUAGGAAUGCAGCUACGCAUCUUAUCAGACAUGCGAUCGGAGGCACUGAAUAUGGUGUAGAUCAUACUAGACUAGCUCAUUUAUUGAGUCUUUCUUCUGAUGUAAGUAGAAUGUUUAGAGAUGAUAUGACGGUCACAGUUGUUUACUUUGACUCUGAAUACCUAAGGCAGUGUCCUUCCUAAUUAUUUAUUUGAAUCCUAUUUGUAAAUAUCAGUAUAAUAAAAUAUUUAAUUUAAU